CAGCAGUGCAAGCUUUUGCCUGUACAGCUGAGGAGAUGAUACAGCUCUAGAGGAAAGAAAGAUUUGUCUUCAUGACUUGCUUUACAGUAUCUGAAGAGUGAAAGCACAAUGGACACUUUUUAGAGUUUUACAGAAAUCAAAAAUCAUCUAGGAACAAGAACAUUGGACUUUGAGGAAUAACAGACUUUAGAGAGCCCAGAAAUUGGUCACUGAUAAACCCGAUUUGGCCAUACAGCUUGGGAAUGAAUACCAUUGAGACAGCAAAGCUUGAAGAGCAUAUGGAGGGUCAAAACAAUGACACUUCUAAUGGUUACUCACGACCUACUCUCUCAGUCAGUGAAGAGAACAAAAAUGGCACUAGCAAACCAAAGGGCUUGUCUAAUGGCUUGCGGAAAACAACAAAGAAAUAUCCUGAUUACAUCCAGAUUGCUAUGCCUGCUGAGUCUAGGAACAAAUUUCCUCUGGAAUGGUGGAAAACAGGCAUUGCCUUUGUCUACGCUCUUUUCAACUUGAUUCUAACAACUGUCAUGAUCACUGUGGUCCAUGAGAGAGUACCUCCAAAGGAGCUAAGCCCUCCCUUGCCUGACAAAUUUUUUGAUUACAUUGAUCGUGUGAAAUGGGCUUUUUCUGUAUCAGAAAUCAAUGGAAUGAUACUAGUUGGGUUAUGGAUAUUCCAGUGGCUGUUUCUUAGAUACAAAUCAAUAGUGGGACGCAGGUUCUUUUUUAUAAUAGGAACUUUGUAUCUGUACCGCUGUGUUACUAUGUACGUUACCACCUUACCUGUGCCUGGAAUGCAUUUUCAGUGUGCGCCAAAGUUGAACGGAGAUUCUCAGGCAAAGGUUCAGAGGAUCCUACGACUAAUUUCUGGUGGUGGUCUAUCCAUAACUGGAUCACACAUCCUAUGCGGAGACUUCCUGUUUAGUGGUCACACUGUGGUAUUAACGCUGAUCUACUUGUUCAUCAAAGAGUAUUCACCACGUCAUUUCUGGUGGUAUCACUUAAUCUGCUGGCUAAUGAGUGCUGCUGGCAUAAUUUGUAUCCUUGUUGCUCAUGAACACUAUACCAUAGAUGUCAUCAUUGCGUACUACAUCACCACACGGCUUUUCUGGUGGUACCACUCGAUGGCUAAUGAAAAGACUUUAAAGGUCUCUUCGCAGACAAAUUUUCUCUCUCGAGCAUGGUGGUAUCCAAUAUUUUAUUUCUUUGAGAAGAAUGUGCAAGGCUCUGUUCCUUGCAGCUUUUCCUGGCCGAUAUCUUGGCCUCCCAGCUGCUUCAAAUCUUCAUGCAAAAAGUAUUCACGGGUUCAGAAGACAGGAGAGGACAAUGAAAAAUCUACCUGAAGAAAAGAAGGAAAGCAUCUGCUCUGUUUUUUUCUACCAAAACAUUAAUGCUGUAACCAAAGCUCUUAAGAGGACUACACUGUAACUGAAGGAGUGGACCAAGCUUCUGUGCAAUUGAUUGGAAAGACAAUUCUAGACACACAUAUAUUGCCAUUUCAUAUAUUUUCCUAUCAGCAGGCUGUACAGACCUAUUCUACU